AUGCAGCUUACUUGGAAGGAGAUUCCUACAAUUCCUACAACAAAUGAUCUGUUGGACAUUGUGCUGAAUAGAACCCAGAGAAAGACCCCUACGGUCAUCAGACCUGGUUUCAAGAUCACCAGAAUCAGGGCUUUUUACAUGCGUAAGGUGAAGUAUACUGCGGAGGGUUUUGAAGAGAAAUUUGAAGAGAUUUUGAAAGGUUUUCCAAAUAUUAAUGAUAUACAUCCUUUCCAUAGAGAUCUGAUGGACACUUUGUAUGAGAAAAACCACUAUAAGAUCUCCCUGGCUGCGGUUUCGCGUGCAAAGUCGCUAGUGGAACAAGUUUCGAGAGAUUACAAUAGAUUGUUGAAGUUUGGUCAAUCGCUGUUCCAAUGUAAGCAGUUGAAGAGAGCUGCGUUGGGUAGAAUGGCUACUAUUGUCAAGAAAUUGAAGGACCCACUGGCCUAUUUGGAACAGGUUCGUCAACAUUUGGGUAGAUUGCCCUCUAUUGAUCCAAACACUAGAACCUUACUGAUCUGUGGUUACCCAAACGUCGGUAAAUCUUCUUUCUUGAGAUGUAUCACCAAGGCAGAUGUCGAAGUCCAACCAUAUGCGUUCACCACCAAAUCGCUGUAUGUGGGUCACUUCGAUUAUAAGUACCUACGUUUUCAAGCCAUUGAUACCCCAGGUAUCUUGGACAGACCUACUGAAGAAAUGAACAACAUCGAAAUGCAAUCCAUCUAUGCCAUUGCUCAUUUGCGUUCAUGUGUUUUGUACUUUAUGGAUCUUUCCGAACAGUGUGGUUUCACCGUUGAAGCUCAAGUUAAACUGUUCCAUUCUAUCAAACCACUGUUUGCCAACAAAUCCGUUCUGGUUGUUAUCAACAAGACCGAUAUCAUUGGACCAGAGGAUUUGGACGAAGAACGUGCUCAGCUGUUGCAAACCGUUAAGGAGCAGGAUGGCGUGGAAAUUAUGACUGCUUCCUGUCAAUUAGACGAAAAUGUCAUGGAUGUUAGAAACAAAGCCUGUGAGAAAUUGCUUGCAUCAAGAGUCGAGAACAAAUUGAAAUCUCAAGCUAGAGUCAACAAUGUGCUCAACAAGAUUCAUGUUGCCACACCACAGGCUAGAGAUGACGUCGACAGAUCUCCAUUUAUUCCAGAGGCCUUCAAGAACUUGAAGAAAUACGACGCCGAAGACCCAGAGAGAAGAAGAUUGGCUAGAGAAAUUGAAGCUGAGAAUGGUGGUGCCGGUGUUUACAACGUAAACCUAAAGGAUAGCUAUCUAUUAGAAGACGAUGAGUGGAAAAACGAUGUUAUGCCUGAAGUGCUGAAUGGUAGAAACGUUUACGAUUUCUUGGAUCCGGAGAUCGCUGCAAAGUUGCAAGCUCUGGAAGAAGAAGAGGACAAAUUGGAAUCUGAGGGCUUCUACAAUUCCGAUGACGACGAACUGGUAUUCGAAGGUCACGAAAAGGACGAAGUCGAUGACAUAAAACAAAAGGCCGCUUGGAUCAGAGACAGAAGAAAGAAGAUGAUCGCUGAGGCCAGAAACAGAAAAUCCUUGAAGAACAAGGCUAUUAUGCCUCGUUCCAGACAGAUCAAAUCGUACAACCAAAUGGAGGAACAUAUGUCUAAACUAGGUCACGAUGUCACAGCACUACAGGAUAAACAAAACUUGGCUGCCGAAAGAGGCAGAUACGUUCCUUCUGGUGCUGAUGUCGUGUUCGGUGCAAGCGACUCUCUUGCCGAAUCUACUGCUAAUGGUACCAAGCUAAGACAAACCGAUAGACUGUUGGAUGGUGUUUCUGAUGGUGUUGCUAGAAGCAAAGCGGAUAGAAUGGCCAAGAUGCAAAGAAGAGAGAGAAACAGAAUGGCAAGGCAAGGUGAAGCAGACAGGCAUGCUACUGCCUCUCUACCUAAGCACUUGUUCAGUGGUAAACGUAGUAACGGUAAGACCGAUUUCCGUUAA